UGUUGUUCUUCGAGAGAUGACCAAAGCGGGCAAGAUGGCGUCGAGUGGCGGGGAGCUAGGGAGCUUAUUUGAUCAUCACGUCCAGAGGGAGGUAUGCGACACGCGAGCCAAAUACCGAGAGGGACGACGGCCUCGUGCUGUCAAGGUAUAUACAAUCAAUUUGGAAUCUCGGUACUUAUUAAUACAAGGAGUUCCUGCAGUGGGAGCCAUGAAAGAAUUAGUUGAGCGAUUUGCUUUAUAUGGUGCAAUUGAACAGUAUAAUGCUCUAGAUGAAUACCCUGCAGAAGACUUUACUGAAGUUUAUCUCAUUAAGUUUGCAAAGUUACAAAGUGCAAGGACAGCCAAAAGAAGAAUGGAUGAACAGAGUUUCUUUGGAGGAUUGCUUCAUGUGUGCUAUGCUCCAGAAUUUGAAACAGUUGAAGAAACUAGAAAAAAACUAGAAGAAAGAAAAAUAUAUAUUGCAAGAACUACUAAAAAUAAAGACCAUUACAUGACAAAGAAGAAACUGGUUGCAGAGCAAAAAGACACAAAAGAUUUUAGACAAGACUUCCACUCAGAGAUGUCUGGAUUUUGUGCAGCUGCUUUGAACGCUUCUACAGGGAACUCAAAUCCUGGUCUUCCUUAUUCUUGUGAAUUGCCUUUAUGUUAUUUCUCCUCAAAAUGUACAUGUUCAUCCAGGGAGCAUGUGGACAGAGCAUCAAACUCCUCUAAGGAUGGUGGAAACCAUGAUCAAACAGUACAGCAUUGUUACCAUAGUGACUCCUUGCAGAAAAUACAGGUGAACACUUUUAAAAACUCAGUGACCUACUGUGGUACACAAAAAGCUAUCACUCCUUCAGAGGCGGCUGACAGAUUUAUGCCUAGGACAACACAACUGCAGGAGCGGAAAAGAAGAAGAGAAGAUGAUCGUAAACUCGGAACUUUUCUUGACACGAGCACGAGUAGUAGUAAUGAGGUUAUGAUUGGGCCUCUAUUACCAGACAUACCUAAAGUGGAUAUGCACGAUGACUCAUUGAAUACAACAGCAAAUUUAAUUCGGAAUAAGCUUAAAAAGGUAAUUUCAUCUGUGCCAAAGCCUCCAGAGGACAAGCUGGAAGAAGUACAUACGAGUCCUCCAUUUAAACAAAGAAGAAGAAUAUAGAUUGCCAGCAGCAAAUCAAUACUUUCUAAAGAGAAUGUUUUUUGUUUUUAGCCUAUCAUUUUAAUUCUUCAAGAGAUUUUACUGCUGGUGUUUUUUAAUGCAUUCUUUGUAAUUUCAUUCAAGCUAUUUGUCUAAAAUCAUUUCUUUUUUUUUGAUCCAUACUUCAUAUUACAGAAACUGUUCUUGUCAUA